AUGAGUGUUGAUUCACCAUGGGCUCAAUUGGAAUCAAAAAUCCAUGAUUCAUCAACAAAGAAAAGAAUAGAAGCAAUAGAAGAGAUUGGGAAACAAGAAGAAGUCCCUGAAUUUAUAAUUUUAUCAUUAUUGAAAACUUAUAAUUAUUAUCAAGAUUCAAAUUCAAGAAAUAGCAUAAAUGAAGUACUUAUAAAGUUGGGACAAUUUGAAACAUAUUUAAACUUUAUAAAAGGUGAAUUGGUUCAUGAAUUAGCUGUAUCUGAUUAUCUCACAUUUUUAAAUUGGAUAAAUACAUGGAUUCCUAAAAUAAAUUUAAAUGAUCAAUUUGUAAAUAUUUAUAAUAAAUUAAUAAUGAAAUGUGCAAGUUAUAAAGGUAAAGCAAUGCAUAGAAGGAGGAUUUAUAAUAGUACUAUCUCAAAUUCUAAAAUGGCAAUAAAGAAAUUGAAUAAUUCAGAAUAUAUUGAAUUGAUUCUAAGGAAUAAAUGUUUAGUAAUUAUUGGAUUAACUUAUGAAGCUAUACCAGGUUCGCAUAUAAAUAAAGAUAAAUUGACGGAAAUUGUUAAUGAAUUUUUAUUGGCAAAGAAAUUACCAUCAGAUUCAGAAUUGGAAAUUUUUGCACCCGUUAUGGAAAUUAUCAACGUUGGUGAUUUAGUUAUUGAGAAAGCAAUUUUAAGAUCAAGUGAAGUAUUUACUAUACUUCCUAUGUUGUUCAAGCAUGUUGUUAAAAUUCCAAUAUCUGUUAAAUUUUUAAACUCAAUUAUUUCAGGCAUUAAAUCAAAUAAAGAACAUAUUAAAAUUAAAGCUUAUGAGACCUUAAAAGUUGCAUUGUCCAAAUCUGAUGAUGAUAUCACUGGAGAAUUACUAAAGAAUGUUAAAUCUAAUUCAGGUGAAGUUAAAUCAUUAAUUAUUUCAAGUUUAGAAUAUGUAAAUGUGAAAAUUUCAGAUUUAUUACCAUUAACUAAAGAACAAAAUGAAAUGGUAUUACAUUCAGUUGCAAAAAUUUUAUUAACAGGUUUUAAUGAUGAAUGUAUACUGAUUUUUAAAACUGGAUUUAACUCAAAGUUGAAAAGAGUUUGGUUUAUUGAAUAUGCAAAUGAUCCAAAAUCAAUCGAAAGUUUUACAGCAGAAUUUGAAAAGAUAUCAGACGAUUUACUAAAGAACCCUUUAAGUGCAGCUACUAAUAAAACACUUGUUUGUGCAUUUAUAAUAUUGAAUUUAUUAAAUAAACAAAAUGAAGUACUUGAUGAAUCAAAAUUAUAUUCAAAAUUAGAUGAUGUUGAUUUAAUUUGGUUUACAAAAGCAUUGAAAUUUAAUCCCACUGGUUGGUUAUUUGCCAUAAGUUCAAAAAAUUAUAAAAUUAGGUUAUUAGCAAUUGAUGAAUUAAAGAAAAAGAUUACCCCUGAAUUAUCAACCGCAAUUAUUAACCAAAUACAAGAUGUUUCUCCUUAUUUAACUGGAUUGUUUUCAGUACUUACACAAACUGGUAAUAAAGCUGAAGUUGAAUCAAAUUUAGUUAAAUUAAUACGUUUAGCCAAUGAUCCAAUUAUUAACUUAAAUGGUGGUUGGAUUGGUUUAAUACAAAGAAGUGAACCAAGAAUAAAUGUUGAAGAAUUAGUAUCUAAUAAUUAUGAAACUUUAUUCAAUGCAUGUGUUGAAAAAUUAGAUGUUCGUGGAAUUGCAGAUUUGGCAUUCAUAAAACCAGAAAAAAUUGAUACAAUAAUUGAAUUAAUUGAAAGUCUUGAAAUCAAACAAUUUGAUCAAGAUGAAAUUGAUAUUUAUCAUGGUGUAGAUGGUGAAUUAGUCAAAUCAAUUUUUAAAACUAAAGAAUUGGAUAAAAAUUCAAAAGAUUAUGAAAUAAAGAAAUGGGAAGAAGAAAUGAAAAAGAAUAAAACUAGAAAGUUAACAAAGGAAGAACAAGCGCAAAUGAAUGAGCAAUUAAAGUUUGAAUCAGAAAUUAGAAAAAGUGUUGCAGAAAAUGUCAAUCUAUCCAAAUUCAUACUUAAUUUGAUCCUUGAACUAGCUAAACAAGCUAAAUUAGUGAAUAAUUCACAAGAUAAAUGGUUUCCAAUUGUUAUUCAAAAAUUAUGGCCAAUGUGUAAGGUAUCAUUAUAUAAUGCGGCACCUGUGUAUUUAAAAAUGUCAGAUUUGAUAAGUCCAAGAUUGGAAGUACUCAAGGAAUUCGUUGGUAUAGCUACAUUAAGAAGUUACAAUAUUGAAAUUGAUGAAAAAUAUACUCAAGAAACCUUAUCUAAAUUAAUUACAAGAUUAUUAUAUAAAAUUAAAAUUUUAUCAGAUCAAUCAUCAUUAGAUUUGAUUACAUUAUCAUAUGCAUUACCUUUAUUAAUUAAAGUACUUGAAGAUGGAAAGAGAAUUGCUAUAGUCAAUAGUAAGAAAGGAAAGGUUAUUUCUGAAUUUGUCGAUGAAGAUGAUGAGGAAGAAAAUUUGUUACUUGCAAUUGAAAUUAUUUCAUCCCAUUCUGAAAAUUUCAUAAAUCCAGUUAUACCAAGAACUCAAAUUUUGGAAACAUUAAUUUUACUUUUGAAAUUACCAAGUAAAGCUAAAAUUGCAAAAGAAUGUUUUCUUUCAUUAUGUCAGUAUAUCUCAGAUGAUAUUAGUGAUGGUGAUUUACAAUUAUUAUAUGAUAAUUUAAUGAGUUCAAGCGUAUUCGUAAGGUCAACAAUUUUAGAAGGUUUAGAUACUGAAUUUCAAUUAGAUAAAUAUUCAAAAGAAUUGUAUGUUUGUACAUUUGAUAAUGAUGAAAAUUGUAAAGAAAUUGCACAAACUAUAUGGGAAGAUAAUGAUUUAAAAACUGAAGGCACAACCAAUUUAUUAAGUUUAUUUGGUAAUACUGAUUCUGGUUUACGCUAUUCAAUUGCACAAGCAUAUGCAAAUGCAACCACCACCGUAAAUUUACAAGAAUUGAUUGAUUUAUAUGAAUUGAAAAAGAAUCCUCCACCUCCAAAGAAAGAUAAGUUUGGUCUAAUUAUUAAAUCUACAAUUGAUAAUAAAGAUAGAUGGGAAGAGCGUUCUACAAUUGCAUUAGCAUUGAAAUUAUUACCAUAUGGAGAUGUUGUUCAAUUGUUUAGGUUCCUUGUUGAAGCAGUCGGUGAUAAGGACGAAUUAGUACGCGCAGAAUUUCAAGAUGCUGGUAUACAAGCUAUAAAAACUUAUGGUUCAUCGAAUGUUGAAUCUUUAAUUGAAAUUUUUGAAGAAAAUUUACAAUCAAAGAAUAUCAAAGAACCUGUUAUUAUCCUUUAUGGUUAUUUAGCUACUUAUUUAGAUAAAUCAGAUCCAAGAAUUAAGAUUAUAAUUGAUAGAUUAAUGAAAUCAUUAAAUUCAAAUGUUAAAUUUGCAGUUUCACAAUGCUUAGCUCCAUUAGUACCAGCAAUAGAAGAUAUUGAUGCAACUUUUGAUCAAUUAUAUAAUACAUUAUAUACUGGAAAGCCAUCAGAAAGAAGAGGUGCUGCUUUUGGUAUUUCUGGUUUAGUUAAAGGAAGUGGUAUAAAAGCAUUACCUGAUGUUAUAAGAAACUUAACUGAUGCUUCGGAUGAUAAAGAUCCAAUUAAAAGAGAAUCAGUUUCAAUAACCUUUCAAACAUUAUCUAAAAGUUUAGGUAAAUAUUUCGAACCAUAUGUUCUUGAAAUAUUACCAAUUAUAUUGAAAAGUUUAGGUGACUCUUCACCAGAAGUUAGAUUAGCUACUGAUGAAGCAGCCAAAGAAAUUAUGAAAAAUACAACAUCAUUUGGUAUCAAAAAAUUAAUUCCAUUAGCUAUUAGUAACUUAGAUGAAAUUGCUUGGAGAUCUAAAAAAGGUUCAGUUGAAUUAUUAGGUACAAUGGCAUAUUUAGAUCCAACUCAAUUAUCAUCAAGUUUAUCAAUUAUUAUACCUGAAAUAGUUGGUGUUUUAAAUGAUACUCAUAAAGAAGUGAGGAAGGCAGCUGAAACUGCUUUGAAAAGAUUUGGUGAUGUUAUACGUAAUCCAGAAAUUCAAGUUAUUGUACCUGAUUUAAUUAAUGCAAUUGGUGAUCCAACAAAAUUCACAGAUGCAGCAUUAGACAAGUUGAUUAAAACCAAUUUUGUUCAUUAUAUUGAUGGUCCAAGUUUAGCUUUAAUAAUUCAUGUUAUUCAUAGAGGUAUGAGAGAUAGAUCAGCUGCAACAAAGAAAAAAUCAUGUCAAAUUGUUGGAAAUAUGGCUAUUUUAGUCGAUUCAAAAGAUUUAAAACCAUAUUUGAAUGAAUUAGUGGGAGAAUUGGAAAUCGCCAUGGUUGAUCCUGUACCACAAACUAGAUCUACAGCUGCUAGAGCUUUAGGAAGUUUAGUUGAAAAAUUAGGUGAAGAUCAAUUCCCUGGAUUAAUAACAAAAUUGAUUAAUACAUUACAAGAUGAAACUAAAUCUGGUGAUAGAUUGGGUUCUGCACAAGCAUUAUCUGAAGUUAUCUGUGGUUUAGGUAUUGAUAAAUUAGAAGAAUUAUUACCUACAAUUUUACAAUUUGCACAAUCAAGUAGGAAUCAUAUUAAAGCUGGAUUUAUGCCAUUAUUAUUGUUCCUUCCUGUAUGUUUUGGUUCACAAUUUUCACCAUAUUUGAAUAAAAUUAUACCACCUAUACUUAAUGGAUUAGCUGAUCAAGAUGAAGAAAUUAGAGAUACUGCAUUAAGAGCGGGUAGAUUGAUAGUCAAAAAUUAUGCUAAGAAAGCUAUUGAUUUAUUAUUACCAGAAUUAGAAAAUGGUUUAUCAGAUUCAAGUUAUAGAAUUAGAUUAUCAAGUUUAGAAUUAACAGGAGAUUUAUUAUUCCAAAUUACUGGUAUUUCAGGUAAGAAUGAAUUAAUUGAAGAUGUAUCAGUUCAUAAAAUAUUAAUUGAUGUAUUGGGUGAAAGAAGAGAUAAGAUAUUAGCUGCUAUUUUUAUUUGUAGAAAUGAUGUUGCUGGUAUUGUUAGAAAUGCAGCAAUUGAUAUUUGGAAAGCUUUAGUUGCAAAUACUCCAAAAACAGUUAAAGAAAUAUUACCAUCAAUUACAAAUAUUGUGGUUACAAAAUUAGCAUCAGAUGAUGAAACUCAAAGAGUUAUUGCUGCACAAACUUUAGGUGAUAUGGUUAGAAGAGUUGGUGCAAAUGCAUUACCACAAUUAUUACCAGUAUUAGAAAAUGCAAGUGAUAAACAAGGUGCAUGUAUUGCAUUAACAGAAUUGAUAAAAUCAAGUUCAGAAGAAGGUUUACAUACAUAUAAAUCAACAUUUAUCAGUAUUAUAAAGAAUUCAUUAUCAGAAAGUUCUGCUGCUAUUGCAUUUGAUGAAUUAUAUUCAAGAUUAGGUAAACCAGUAAUUGAUGAGAUUAUUCCUGAUCUUCUCUCGAAAAUUAAAGAUCCAUCAGCAUUACAAGCAUUACAAAAAAUUAUGUCAACUAAAGCUGAUGUUAUAUUCCCAAUCUUAUUACCUACAUUAUUAAAACCACCAAUUAACUCAACUGCAAUUGCAUCAUUAGCUACUGUUGCAGGUUCUGCAUUGUAUAAAAGGUUAUCAAUCAUUAUAAAUACACUUGUGGAUUCAAAAUCUGAUGCAUUUGAUGCUGUUUUAUUAGCUGUUGAAGAUGAAGGUGUACAUCAAUUAUUACAACAAUUAAUGGCAUUGAUAAAACAUGAAAAUCCAGAAAAACGUGAAUUUGUAUUUAGUAAAUUACCUAGUUUUUUUGAUUCAACAAAUUUGGAUUAUUCAAUGUAUUUGGAAGAUAUUGUUUCACAAAUGAUUUUAAGUUUAUCCGAUCCAUCAAGUAAAGUUGUUGAAGGUGCAAUGUUAUCAUUAACCGCAUUAGUAAAGAAACAACCUAAGGAAGUUUUAGAAAGGUUAGUUAAACCUGCUAAACAAGCAUUAGAUUUGACAUAUGAAAUUCCUGCUUUUAAAUUACCAAGGGGUCCACAAAGUAUAUUACCAAUCUUCAUUCAAGGUUUAAUGUACGGUAAUUCUGAUCAAAAAGAAUCUUCUGCAUUGGCAAUUGCAACAAUUAUUGAAAAAACACCAAGUGAAAAUUUGAAAAGUUUAUCUACUACAAUUACAGGACCAUUAAUUAGAGUUGUUGGUGAAAAAGUAUCAACUGAUAUAAAAUCUGCUAUAUUAAUUGCAUUAAAUAAUUUAUUACUCAAAAUUCCACAAUUUUUGAGACCAUUCAUACCACAAUUACAAAGAACUUUUAUUAGGUCGUUGACUGAUUCAAAUGAUAAAUUGAGAAAACAUGCAGUUUUAGCAUUAGGUACUUUAAUCAAACAUCAACCAAGAGUAGAUUCAUUAAUUACAGAAUUGGUCACAAAUUCUAAAAACAUAUCAGAUAAAGAUAUAAAAGGUUCAUUAUUACAAGGAAUGUUGGUUGUUGUUGAAACUAGUGGUAAUAAUUUGUCCGAUGCUUCAAAAUCAAGUAUUUUGGGAUUAGUUGAAGAAGAAAUUAUUGAUCCAAUUUCAUCUGCAAAAUUAUUAGGUUCAUUAGCAAAUGUGUUAUCAAAAGAAGAAGUUGAAAAUGUUUUACAAACUAAAAUUCUAAACCAUCAAUCUAAAUUUUCAAUACUUGCAAUAAAUUCAUUUUUAAAAUAUUCACCGGAAAUUCAAAUCCCAGUUGAUUUUAUUGUAAAUUUUUCAAAUUCAGAAAAUGUUUAUUACUCAGAUAAUGCAACAGUUGCAAUUGGUAAAAUGUUAUUAAACGGUAUAAAUGAUGAAAGGUUGUAUAAUCAGUUGGCAAUACUUAUAAAGAGUCCACCUUCAAAUUCACCAGAUACAAGAAGAUUAGCUUUGGUGGUAAUUAGAACAGUUGCAAGAAAAUGUGAUGUUCCAUUAAAUAUUGUUGUUCCAAGUAUAUUUGCAUCAAUUAGAGAUCCAAUAAUUCCAAUCAAAUUAGCUGCAGAGAAGGCAUAUUUAGAAGUUUUUAAAAUUGUUGAAAAAGAUCUUGAGUUGUUUAAUACUUAUGAUGCUGAUCGAUCAAUGACUGAAUAUACUAAAAGAGUUGGAUUAAGAUUAGCAAACGUUGAGAGAGAAAGAAUUGCAAGUGGUGGUGAUGAGGAAACUUUAUAUAGUGAUAGAAUUGAAGAUGAAAAUGAAAUAUGGCAAGUUGGUGUAUAA